UCGUGUGCAGUAUUAUUAUUAUUUUUUAAAGAAAAUAUUCAGAAUUUUCAUGGGCUUCGUUCUGAAAAAGGUCCGGAUUUUCUUAAACAUAGUUACGGAACAAUUCCCUUAAUAUCGCAGUGUUUUCUCACUAAUAGUAGGACGUUAUGUUUAUAUGUGAGUACGUCUUCAAACUAAUGGCGUGAAUGCCCACUACUGCUGAGACGAAAUAAUUGCCAUGACAAUAAAAAUUCUCUAAACUUCUUUGUUAUUUUUGGCAAAGAUCAAUACUAGUGUUUUUCGAUAGUUUAUCUCAAUCUGGGUACUUGGUAAAAAAGUUGCCAGUUCUCAAUAAGCGCACUUCGUUUCCUUGCAAUAGCCGACGUAGCUCUGAUAACAGGUUGGGAACAUUCUCUCUGCAUAGACAGAGACGCUUGCAGAAGCUCAUCUUAAAGAUGACAGCUCGCAGCUCAAUCUACAUACUUAACUCUGGCAAAAAAAUUAAUCUCGGCUACCCAGAAAACGACGAUGAGGCGGUGAGCUUGGGCGCGCUGUUCGCCGGAGAGCGGAAGGAGGAAGAUCCGGACCACGUGUACGGCUUCUGGCACUUGCUGCCCGACCUUCUCCUGGAGAAGGUCUACACAUACCUCACCAUCAGGGAACGGUACUACGCGUCCCAGGUAUGCCGGUCCUGGUACCAAGGUUUCAACUUCCCCCGCGUGUGGUACACGUUCGUUCUCUACGAUAAUCUGCUGACCAAGAGAAAGUUCAAUUACUAUGCAGGUUGGGAGAAACUGCUCGACAGCGUACGCGUGUCCACAUUCCUCACCAAGCGGGGACCUAUGAUUCGAUCGCUCAUCUUCAAACCCAUGGAAAACCUGUACAACCUCUACGAGUUCCUCAACCUCUCCCACUAUCUCAAGAACAACGUGCCAGGCGUCUUGGCCAAUGUCCACACCCUCAGGUUCCACUUCUCAUGCCACUUGGCGCACCGGUCUGAGGAGGUGGUCUUCGGCACGGGCGGCCAGACGCUGGCGAUGCUCAAGAAGGUCCUAGGCAUGCUGACCGAGCUGAGGACGCUCGAGCUGAGAGACCUCCUGCUGGAGGGCAAGGAGGGGGUACAUCUUCUCGACGAUGUUUGCUCAGUAUGCUGCGAGACGCUACGAACUCUCAUUCUCAUCAACGUCACCAAAAUGAGUCACACUCUGCUCCAUCCUGGAGCUUUCGUCAACUUGACGAUGCUGGUGAUAUCGCCUCAGAAUAUUGGAGAGGAUCUCCUAGAGCUGUUAGGUCAGAGCAAGCUACGCAACAUGCACAUUCUGCAGAACAAGUACACAGAGAACGGAAGAUCUGUUCAUUAUAAGUCAUGGAAGCAAUGCCGGCAAAACAACCCAAGGCUCAGAGUACACCUGAGUACCGAGGGCAGCUCCAAGAAGGAACUGUACUGGCAGCAGCGCGCUCCCGUCAAGAGCAUCGUCUAUGAUUCUCCGUACUCGAAGAUCACAACUACACAGAUGCUGCAGGUAGUCGAGUACUACAAGGGAGACCUAGAAGUGUUCGCUCAUAAAAGGCUGCCUCGGUUCUACAUGCCGCGGUCUUUCCACGACAGAGUCGACUCCUCCUUGCUUCUCCUGGCCAGACAAUGCCCCUACAUACACACAUUGGUAAUCAGAGAAAGAAUAUCUACAGCGACGGUGCUGCUGCUGGCGCACACAGCCAAGAACUUGCACCUCUUCUACGUCAGGAGGAAUGCCGUCAUUCUCAGAGCUGACUGGCCGCCCCAUCCUGACUGGACGAGCGAGUUCUACGAGUGGCUGCGCUCUAACGCCCGUAGCUACAAUGCGGUCGAGAGGGAAGUCUCACAGAUACUCGGCUACCGCUGGCAAUUGAUGUCUGACAAGCAGUUCAAACUCAUUAAACUGGAUCUGCAAGCUUCGUUCUACGCAUGCUCGUGAAUUCCUGCAUCAUUAAGUAUUAGUAACGGCAGACAUUUCUUGUGCACGCCUCCUUUGAACUGUUGAAGCUAGGCAGCUUUCAUAAUUUAGCGAAUGACAAUCGGGAAGGGGUUCUAAGCUGAAUCUGAAAUGAGCGUCAGUUCAAGCAGCAAAUAUUAAAUCUGAUAGCACCAAAUUUGCUCGGGUGGCCGAUUUCAAGAUCAGCAAGAUUAAGGCAGCUAGCUGAGGUUUCGAAGCCCACAGCUAGUAGCGAAAAUUGUGGUCAAAACAGCCAAGGUUGCCGGAUGGCUGAGAAUCGGCGACAUGCCAACAUGGCCUAAUAAAAGCUGAUACCACUAUAUUGUUAUUUCAUAAUAAACGCUGAUACCACUAUAUUAUUAUAUCAUAAUAAA